AUGGAGACAAAGGGCACAGGAGAGAAAAGGACGGGAGAAGAAAUAGAAGAAAGGAAGAGGGCACCACUUAAUAAGAGCAAGGCAACAAAUAGAAAGAGAGCAGACUCAGUAGGAAUUCUCGAUUUUUUAAAGAGAAAGAGAGAGGACGAACCGGAGGGCUACGUAAGAGAUAACGAAGUCUUUAAAAGGAGUAACCUGACGGUAAGAUCUCCGGUGAAGAGAAAAGAAGUACAAGAGGGAACAGAGAAGAACGAAGCGAAAGAAGAGACAAAUAGAGCAGGUAGAAUGGAAGAAAUGGUGACAGAGUUACUGAGAGAGGUAAGGCUGAUGAGAGGGGAGUUGGAGGAGGAGAGAAAGAGAGCACAAAAAGAAAGUAAAGAAAUAAGACAAAAGCUGAAAAAGGUAGAGGAGCAGUGGAAGAAGAAAGAGGAGAAGACCGGCAGCAGAAUAGAGAAAAUAGAAGAAACGAUAAGGAAAAUGCAAGAAGAGAACUACAGGAGGGAAGUACAGAGGAAGGUGCAAGAAGAAACGGAAAAGGUAGGAGGAGGGAGGAGAAAGAGCAACGAAAGGCAGGAAGAAGGGAGGGAGGUGAACAAUCUAAGGCGGAAACUGGAGUUGAUGGAACGGAAGGAGAGGAAGAAUAAAAUAGUAAUAAAAGACCUGAAGCUGGAGGUAGGAAGAGAGAGGGAGGAAAUAGGGGAGUUUAUGGAAAUGGAAUUUGAGGCGAGAAACGAUAUUAAAAAUAUAGAGAUAGUUGGAAAAGGAGAGAAGAGAAUAGCAGUAGUAGAAAUUAUAAGAUGGGAAAGGAAGCAAGCAAUAAUGGACAAAAAAAGCAAAUUAAAGGGAAGGAAAAUUUUUGUUGACAAUGACCUAACAGAGGAAGAGAAAAACAUACAGAAAUUGAUUGCGAAGAGAGCUAAAAUAGAAAGAGGGAAAGGAAAAAAAGUGAAAGUAGGUUAUAGGAGAAUAAUGAUAGAAGAUGUAAUGUAUAAAUGA